AUGAGUAUUCCCAUUCCAACACACUUGAAGAUUGUUCUGGUCGCUGUUGUUAACGCCGGACGUCGAGAAGCGGAAAUCGAUAGCCACAACUUCCUUCUCCCUACGCCACUGGCCACCAUCAUUCGGCCAUUGUCUUUUUUUGUUUUUCUUUUUCUUUUAUUUCUCGUUCUUUUUCUUCCUCCUUUCGCUUUAUUACUUUUUAGUUCUUUCUUUACUGAUUCUUUCUUAAAACUAUUUUCUUUUUGCUUAAAUUUUUACUUUAUUUUCACGUUAUUUUUCUUUUAUCUAUCUAUCUAUCUAUCUAUCUAUCUAUCUAUCUAUCUAUCUAUCUAUCUAUCUAUCUAUCUUAUUUUUAUUUCUUUAAAUUCUUUAAAGAUACGAUCUUUCCAAGUUCGCUUUCUUUUUUUCAUCUUUCUUUCUUUUAAUUUUCUGAUACUUUUUACUUUCAUAUUUUCGUUUAUCAUUUUUCUUUUCUAUAUUUUCUUCUUUUUUCUUCUUUUUUAUUCUAUCUUUUUAUUUUCAUUUUUCUUCUUUCUUUUUCUAUAUUUUCUUCUUUCUACUAAAUUCUUUUUUAUUUUAUACUCUUCUUUACCCUACACUGUUUUUUCUUCAUUUUUUAUUAUCAUUUCAUUUUCUUUUUCUGUAUUCUUUGACUUUUGUACAUUUCAUUCGUUCAUUUUUCUUCCUGAUCUUUUUUUUCUCUCGCUGUCUCUUCUUACUUAUGAUUUUCAUUCAUUCUUCUUCGUUAAAAUAAAUUUUCGGUUCUCUUCUUACUCUUCUUCUUCGUUUCCAUCAUCUAAUUUUUCUACAUUUUGUUCUCAUCAUUCGUUUUCUUUCUUUCUUUCUUUCUUUCUUUCUUUCUUUCUUUCUUUCUUUCUUUCUUCUCCGUUUCCAUACACGUCAGCAUUUUGUUUGCAUCAUCUAUCUUGUUCCUUUCUGUCUUUUUUUCUUUAUUUAUUUUUAUUUCUUCUUAUUAUUAUUUUUAUUUUCUUCUUCUUCUUCUUCUUCUUCUUCUUCUUCUUCUUCUUCUUCUUCUUCUUCUUCUUCUUCUCCUCCUCCUCCCCCGCUUUCUUUCGUUCUUUCUUCCUCGUUCCCAUCAUCAUCUGUAUUUUGUUUGCAUCAUCUACCUUCUUUCUUUCUUUCUUUCUUUCUUUCUUUCUUUCUUUCUUUCUUUCUUUCUUUCUUUCUUUCUAUCAUCUUCUGAAUUUUCUUCUCAUCAUCCUUUUCCUUUCUUUUUUUUUUCAUCUUUCUCAUCCCCUAAUUUCUCCUUUUUUUUUCCCUUCUUUUCUCCUUCUUUGCCUAUUCCUCCUCACACGCCCGCUACCUAUCAAACUAUUUCACGGCUUUAUUAAAAGCCAGAUGGUCCAGCCAAAUUCGGCCUGUCUUUCUCUUUGUGUCCUUAUUUCACAUUAA